AUGUCGCCUCAACUGACAAAAGCUGCGCCCGCCUCCUCUCGGCCGGGCGGCGCUCGCCGUUCUGGCGGGGCUGUCUACGAGACUGCUGGGAAGAAACAAGCGUCGAUUCUCUCUUUCUUCUCCCGGCAGCCGCCCGCAGCUGCCUCGGCUCCUGCCUGCAACGCCGCACGGAGACGCGCCUCGGCGUCGGCGAAGGAGAAGGAAGACAUUCCGCCCAAUGUGGAUGCGGCCUCGGCUUCGUGUGCUGCGCAACAAGGCGCAGGGACACCGAAGAAGAAUCCAAGACGCUUCAGCGAAGGCAUCUGCAAGCGCCAAGACGGCGAAGGCGAGGCGCAGACGCGAGGCGAGACUGGAGCGGCAGCCUCGCCAGAGCGAAAGGGCGCCUCCCAGCAGGCAGAGAAUGGACACGAAACGAAAGUCGAGAACGCAGAAGACGGCGAGAAGAAACGCCAGCGAGCUCCUGAGCGAGACACCGGAGGCGCGCGUGCGAGCGGCAGCGACCGGGAGGACCCUGGCAGCGACGACGUCAGGACGCGCAAGAGACUCCGCCGGGGGAUGCGUCUGAGCGAUGACGAGGAGAAAAUGGAGACGCCGCCCUCGGUGCGAAGGAAGCGACAGGCCGAGCAGGAAAAGGCCGAGAAGACGGGCCAAAAGCCAGACAAGAAACGCGGGAGCGUGAAAGAAGAAGACGAGGAAGAGGACGAAGAGGAAGAAGAAUCCGAGGCGUCCGCGUUCAGCGAUGACAGUUACGAAGACGAAAGCGAGGAGGAAAGUGAAGACAGUGACGACGAAGAGGAAGAGGAGGAAGAGGAAGAAGAGGAGGAAGAGGAAGAAGAGGAAGAAGAGGAAGAAGAGGAAGAUGAAGUGAGGAAGAAGAAGAGGCCUGCGCCGAAGAAAGGGAAGAGUGGCGAGAGUGCGUCGCGCCAGUGUCGGCCGACAUCGGCGUCGGUGUCUUCGCCAUCGCGAGCGAAGCUGAAGGAUCUCGUUUACUCGGGUUCCGAGGCGGCUCCCGCGUCAGCGUCGCCUCCCAAGCCCUACGCGCCCUCUCGCCAGCCUGCGGCGUCGCCUGUCUCGUCUCCCCCGGCCUCGAAACCGUCGGCCGGAGCUGCUUCGUCUGCCGCCGCUAGAAAGGCCCGCGACGCCGUGGACGACGCCGAGCUCCGGAGGCGGCUUCUUGCCUCUGCUGCGGCUCAGAAUUGCCAUUUUUUUCGGCACUACGUGGACGACUUCUACACCUACCACCGCCAGUUUAGCUUCCCGCCGUGGGCGGAUCCUGCGCACAUGCGCGACCUCGCUGGCCGGCGCGCCGUCGACUGCGGCGAGGACUACGACUUCUCCUCGCUCUGGAUUCCCGCGCCCGACUCGCAACUUGCGCGCGCGCACGCUCGGCCGCACCUGACGCCGGGGAUGGCGCAGUACUGGGAGAUCAAGAAGCACCACUUUGACAAGUUGAUUCUGUUCAAAAUCGGCAAGUUCUACGAGCUCGUCUACGGCGACGCGUGCGCCGCGCACCGCAUUCUGGACCUCAAGUGGAUGGGCGGCGGCGGCGCCGACGCCAAGCCCCACUGCGGGUUCCCCGAGCAGAAUUUGCAUUUCCAGGCUCGCCAACUCGUCCAGGCGGGCUACAAGGUCGUCGUCGUCGAGCAAAUGGAGACUCCGAAGGAGCUCGAGAAGCGCAACAGCCAAGCCGGGACAGGCGCCAAAGACAAAGCCGUGCGCCGUGAAGUCUGCGAAGUUUACUCCGCAGGCACUGUCCGCCACGCCGACAUGCUCGGCAACGAGGCCAGGUACCUCCUCGUUCUCUACUUUGGAGACGAAGAAGACGAGGACGAGGACGCGGGCGGCAACGGGGGUGGACGGGAGGCGCGGGCGGAAAGUUCAGAGACUGCCGACGGUGGAGGAGCCGGGGAAAGCAUGGAUGCAAGCAGCGGUCAGGACGAAGCGCGUGGCGCGGCGGAAGAGGCCGAGAAGGGCCGACGCGGUGCGAGUCCGGAGACGCGGCGCGCGUUGCGGCCGGGGUUCGCGGCGUGUCUGGUCGACGUCUCGACUUGCCGCGUGGCGCUCGUGCGACUCUCAGACGACCCCGCCGGCGCGUGGCCUUCUCUGCGCCUCCUCCUCGCGCAAACGCUGCCAGUCGAGGUGGUGUACGCGCCGUCGAACAUCCCCGCGUCGGUGCUCAAACUGCUCAAAUACCUUCCGUCUGCGCCCCAGCUCUCCCCCAUGCCGGCGUUUCCGGACUUACUCGCGUCCCACUCCGAGUUCGACCGGUACAUCGGGGCCCGCCUCGAGGCUCUCGCAUCCCCCGCAAACGCUUCCUCUGCGCCAGCAGAGUCCUCGUCUUCUUUGGAGUCUCUGGAGCUGUGUCGAAGGCUGUGCGAGAAGUGGUCUUCGUUGCAUUGUGCAGUGGGGGGUUUGUGUGCGUAUCUCCGAGCCUGUCGUCUGGACGGGUCGGUGCUGUCGAUUUGCCGCUUUGAGCGUUUUCGGCCGCGCGACGCCUCGGUGCUAGUCAUGGACGCAAACGCGCUGCGGCAGCUCGAGAUCCUUCAGACGCAGGACGGAGACGCGAAGAAGUCGCUGCUCGGCUACCUCGAUCGCACCGUCACCGCGUUCGGCCAUCGCCUGCUCCGGCGCUGGGUCGUCGCUCCGCUCCAGAACCCGCGUGAGCUAAAGCGACGACUGGACGCCGUCGCGUGGCUGCUGAACCGCCCCGAGAGCGUGGCGAGCAUUCGGAAGGCGCUGCAGGCGUGUCCGGACAUCGAGCGGCUCUCGGCGAAAAUCUGCGCGCAGGGGCUCCAGGGCGAGCGCAAGGCCGUCUACUUUGACCAGUUUCACCAGAAACUCCUCGCCGACUUCUUCGCCCUUCUCGACGCGUUCCUCAACGUCGAAGCGCUCGCGCAGACCCUCUGUCGGCACCUGGCCGACGCCUGCGGAGCCGAGGAGCCCGAGGAAAACGAAGGAACAGAAAGAUGCGAGCGGCUGGUCGAGCUGUGCGCAGAUCGCGCCAGCGGAGGCGGCUUCCCGCCCCUGGGUGAGUUGGUGGCGAGUCUCAAGAGCAAAGUCGUGACGGAUCCAGACGGGAACAGAAUCCCUGCCAAGGGCGUUCUCGCUGCAUACGAUGACACUGAGAAGGAAAUGCAGGGCGUUCAGAGACAGCUGGAGCGCGUCCUUGACGAUUUGAAGAGUUCGUGGAAGAUGCGCAACCUCGUUUUCGUCCACUCGAAAUUCAAAUACGAAGUCGAGUGUCCAGACACCGUCUCCAAGGAACUGCUGCGGACCCACCAGUGCGACAUCACUUCCUCCCGAAAAGGCUUCUUCCGCUUUCGCACACCCGAGAUAUGCGACUUGGUGGCCGAGCUCGAAGAUCUCGAACAGAAACAGAAAGACGCGUUUUACCCGUUUUUCUCGAUUCUCUUUAACGCCUUCUACGCCCAUUUCACGCACACAUUCGGCCGGGCUAUCCAAGCCGCUGCGGAGCUCGAUUGUUUGCAAUCUCUUGCCUCCGUCGUGGCACACCAUCCAGGUCACAAUGGGCAAAUGUGCAGACCGACUAUCCUUGAAGCGCGCGACGACGAGCCGCCCAUCCUCGCGUUGACGAACUGCAGGCAUCCUGUGGCAGAGACGCUCAUGGACAACUUUGUGCCUAACGACGUUUAUUUGAACUGCGGACCUCACCAAGAGAAACGUACUCUUCUGCUGACGGGGCCAAACAUGGGCGGCAAAAGCACACUUCUCAGACAGGCUGCGCUGUGCGUUGUCAUGGCCCAGAUCGGGUGUUUCGUCCCAGCCGACAGCUGCACGCUCACGCCGGUCGACCGCAUCUUCACGCGCCUUGGCGCCGAAGAUUUCAUUCUCCAGGGGGCGAGCACGUUCCUAGUCGAACUUAAGGACGUCUCCGAACUCAUGACCUACGGAACUCGCCGCUCUCUCGCCGUGGUCGAUGAACUGGGCCGAGGCACGUCGACCUUCGACGGCACCGCCAUAGCUCUCGCCUCUCUCGAACACAUCACUGACCAGCUCCAGUGUCGCUGCCUCUUUGCCACGCACUACCACCUUCUCUGCUACGAAAUGCAAAACCACCCCCACGUGGUGAACGUGCACAUGAAGGCGGCAAUCGACGAAGAACAACACUCCCUCGCGUUCCUCUACAAGCUGACGGAGGGCAUUUGUCCCAAGUCCCACGGCAUCCACGUCGCGCGACUCGCAGGCAUCGAUUCUCGCAUUCUCGCGUGCGCGGAAGAGAAGUCCUUGCGUCUCCAACAAGAGAUCGUGCGCCAGCAACGGUACUGGCGUCUCCUGGGCAUGGCCCAGAUGCUGGAAGACGCAACGCCCGACAAGCUCGAGAGCCUCUUCCAGAGAAAAGAAAGUGUGUUGGAAGAUCUGCUGGAAGAAGAGAAAGCACACACGGCCGACGAGGAAGAAGAGUCUGAAAGAAGCGGCGACAAGGAAGUCGACAUGGAAGGCUGA